AUGAUGGAUGACGAGCUCGCGCAUAGCCUAGACCUGAAGGGCAAGAGUCGACAGCUUAACAUUCAAUGGUUUGGCGGGAAGUCCUCGAGCGAGAACGCGAAGAUGGUGAGCUUGCAGAUUAGCGGAACUGGGAAGCCGAAACGCCAUGGGCUAAGGAAUGUGUACGCGGUCUCGGAUUUGAAUCUACCGAUGCAAAGCCUGCGUCGAGAAGAUGUCAAAACGACGAGGACCAGUGCACGUUUGCCAAUCAAGCCUUACUGUAACGCAGUGCCGAAGAUCCUGAUUGGAUUGGAUCAUGCGCACUUGGGAAUACCUAUGCAAAGUAGGAGCUUUGGAGCAGGAGGACCAUAUGCAGCUGCCACCAAGCUCGGAUGGGUAGUGUUUGGUCCGGUGAAACGUCAACUAGCGGUGAUGAAGAUUCUACAGGAGACGACCAAACGAACGGGUCAACGAUUCCAAACUGGUCUGCUAUGGAAGGAGGACGACACGAGUUUGCCAAACAGCUACAACAUGGCACUCAAGAGACUGGUCAAAAUCGAGAGGAAAAUGCGGCGUGAUGCGAACUUCGCGCAGGCAUACAAUGGAAUCAUGGAUGACUACGUCAAGAAGGGAUACGCACGACGGCUAGAGCAGCAGGAAGUCACUUCAGUCAACAGUGACAAGGUCUGGUACCUGCCGCACUUCGGGGUCGAGAACCCAAACAAGCCCGGGAAGAUUCGUCUGGUGUUUGAUGCGGCCGCCAACGUUGGUGGAGUGUCCCUGAAUUCAGCUCUGCUUAAAGGUCCACAGCAGUACAAAUCGCUCCCAGCCGUGCUCUUCCACUUUCGGGAAGGAGCAGUGGGAGUAUGCGCAGACAUCAAGGAGAUGUUUCAUCAGGUGUUGAUACAGCCACAGGACAGAUGUGCCCAGAGAUUCCUGUGGAGGAACGGAGACGACCGGCGGGUUCCAGACUUGUACGAGAUGGAGGUGAUGACGUUCGGAGCCGCAUGUUCGCCGUGCUCAGCGCACUACGUCAAAACCCUGAAUGCCUCAGGGUACCUCCACACAGAUCCCCGCGCGGUGCUGGCCACCAAUGAGUACCACUAUGUGGACGACUACGUGGAUAGCUUUGCAGACCAGAAAGAAGCUAUCGCUGUAUCAACACGGGUAAGAGAAAUUCAUGCUAACGCUGGUUUCGAUUUGUGCCGGUUCUCUUCCAGUUCGGAAAGUGUGGUCAAGGCUUUGAACCCACAAGGAUCCAAUAUGAAUGUCGAAUGGGCCGAAGCUGAGGAGAAGAUACUGGGCAUGUUCUGGCAGCCGGCUGCAGAUGACUUCAAAUUCAGCGUCAAGUACCAUCGGGUGGCCAGCAGCGUUAUGACCGGGGAACGUGUCCCCACCAAAAGGGAGUUCCUAAGCCUCGUCAUGUCUACCUUUGACCCGAUUGGAUUCUUGAGCUGCUACCUGGUGACCGCCAAAGUUCUGAUGAGAGAGAUUUGGCGGAGAGGAGUGGACUGGGACGAGCCGCUGCCAGCAGAAUUGGCCACAGCGUUUGAGAUCUGGCGGCUAGACAUGAACUACGUGAGAGGAUUCCGAUGUCCGCGCCACUACUUUGGCGUCGGAUGCGUGCGGGAUCUGCAGUUGCACGUCUUCGUGGACUCAAGCCUAUCGGCGUUCGCUGCGGUGGCUUACUGGAGAGCCACAUAUGAUGACGGCAAUGUGCCGUCAUGUGCCCCGAUGAAGACCAUGUCGAUACCACGACUGGAACUUCAAGCAGCCGUACUGGGAACGAGACUGAUGGACACCGUAAAAAGGGAGCACGGUGUAUCGAUCAGCAGCUGCGUACUCUGGACCGACUCCAAAACGGUUCUGCACUGGAUAAGCAGCACCCACCGGCGCUACAAGCAGUUCGUUGGAAACCGGGUUGCGGAGAUCUUGGAGUCCACAGAAGCACCCCAAUGGAGAUGGAUACCGUCUGCCGAAAACGUGGCAGACGAUGCGACGCGGCCGCAAAUCCACGUGGAUCUGGAUCAAGGAUCACGUUGGCUAAGUGGGCCUCCCUUUCUACGGGAACCUGAGGACGAGUGGCCGAAAUCUUCUUCGGGUGAUGGUGGCUACCCGCGAACCGCGGAUGAAGAAGAGACGCCAUGUGAGUUUGCGCUGGUUAUAGCAAACUCCUUUAUAUCUUUCCAGAGGUUCUCAAGCUACAACCGAUUGGUCAGGGCCACUGCCUGGGUACUCCGGUUUAUCCGACGGUGUCGCGGACACCGUGAGAAGAGUACGGGCUAA